AUGCUUUGGUCACUUCCAGCCACUCUUCUCCUGGCCACGGGCGCUUCCGCUCACACGGCUGCCUUUGUCAAAGGAAUGUACUGUGAGGGCGGUCCCGACCCCAACAACUACAACCCCAAUGCCAAUGACCCCGUCAACCCGCUUUGGAUGUUGUCCAAGAACGACUGGUGGAUGCAGCGCAAGAGUGGUUGCUUGAACAACCCCCCCAAGAAUGGUGCAUCUGUUGCCCUUCCUGCUGGUGGCCAGUUCACCGUUGAGCUUGCUCACAACCAGGCCCAGACUUCUCUGUCCUUCGAUGGAAAGUUCGCCAGCGCAUGGCCCGAUGGCAAGAACCAUCCCGAGGACUGGCGUGGCCCUGGAAACCCGCCUGAUUGUAUCCAGGAUGAUGGUGCUUUGCAUACCAAUAACCAGUCUAUGGCUGCUGGUACUGCCUGGGCUAUCUCCUAUCAGUCUGACCUGAGCAAAGUCACCAUGGAGAACCUCGUUGUGUUCUCUGUGCUCGAGCAUACCCCAUGGAAGCGAAUGGCUACCUACAGCGUCCCCAAGGACCUUCCUGCCUGUCCCCCAGGUGGUUGCUACUGCGCAUGGCUCUGGGUUCCCACCGGAUGUGGCCAACCCAACAUGUAUAUGGCCAACUACCGAUGCCAUGUUACCGGCUCCUCAUCUAACCGCAAGCUUGCCCCGGCCAAGGCUCCCGUCUACUGCCAGAACGACCAAUCCAAGUGUGUCAAGGGCGCUAAGCAAAUGGUUGCCUGGAACCAGGCUGAAGGAAACAAUGUGCAGGUUCCCAACGGUGCCUCUCCUGGAUACAACCAGGGCAUGGGCUGGGCCAACGGUGCACAGAACGACAUCUUCCAGUAA